AUGAGUAAAGCUCACCCUCCCAAGAUGAAAGAAAAUAUGAACAAGACAUUAUUAUUGAAAUUAAAUGGUGGCAAACUUUCCCAGGAAAUACUACAGGGAUUUGAUCACUUUAUGAAUCAUGUGAUAGUUGAAUGUAUGGAGAUGGCAAGCAGUGGGCAACAGACCAAUAUUGGAAUGGUGGUGAUAUGA